AUGUUCGUGAAUUGGGCUCACUACUACAUCCCCAAAUGCGCGAUCGUUCUCUCCUACGUCUUCAAUCCUACGUUCAUCUAUUUGGUUAUGAGCGACAGAAAGUCCCAAAUGGGCAACUAUCGGUACCUUCUGAUCACGUUCGCCUUCUUCAACAUGGCCUGCUCCCUGUGCGACGUCUUCGUGCCAAUGUGUGUUCACGAUCACCGCUACAUGUUCAUGGUCUACAUAUCGGACGGUCCGUUCGUAUCGAAGUCAUUCGCCGGUCAGUGGGCGAUCGCCAUCCGAUGCGGAUUCAUUUCGUGUACCUACGGCAUUUUGAACGUUCAUUUCGUCUUCAGAUAUCUCGUUCUCAAAAGGUAACAUUUUUAUUGUAAUGUGCAUAAAGUGUACAAAAUAAAGUGUUCAGAGGCGAGCUUCUCCGCCGCUAUUUCCUGCCGUAUGGACUAAUUCUUUCAAUUCUCUUUUGUGUUUUUCAUCUCCUGUUAUGGGCAGUUGUGAGUUGUAGUCCAAACUAAAGACUAGGAAAAUCAUUAUAUUUAUUAGAUUUGUCAAAUCUACCUGUUCCCAGUCACAGAGAAAAGAGUUUACAUUGAACAAUCCCUACGAGAUCUCUACGAUGGCGACUCUAUGGAUUUGAACUUUCUUGCUGCUCUGUACGGGGUAACAAUUAGUCGAACGAAAAAAUAACUAAACUAGAAAUUGUAUUCAUUUCAGGAUACAACUAAUGAAAUUCGUCGUGACUCCUGGACUGGGAUCCUUCUGAUCACUGCCAUUUCGACCUACUCAGUCUGUUUAUACUUCAUAGUUGGCUACAAGGUUUUUGAACUCUUUCAUUAUCACUCUGAAGUUAUUUUAUCCAGAUUGUGACUGGUUUGAAUGAGAAUGUACAAAUGAGCAGGAGAACGAAUGAAAUGCAACGGCAACUGUUCAAAGCGCUCACAGUCCAGACGGUCAUCCCGAUCUGCGUCAGUUUUGCUCCGUGCGUGGCCUCAUUCUACGGAGCUGCUUUUCUGAUUCCUUUCCCAAAGUGAGAAUAGUCUCCUAACUCUUUCACAUCCCUUCUCUUCAGUUUCAUCUACUGGAUGUCCCCAGUCGCCGUGGCGCUGUUCCCUUUCCUCGAUCCCCUCGCCAUCAUCUUCUUCCUCCCUUCGCUCCGUCGCCGUCUCAAUUUCCACGUCAAAAUCAGCGUGUAUGCUCGAUCAAGCAGCUCGUCGGACCCAUCGAACACGCGGAGCAGCAGACCAGGCGCCAAUUUCUGA